GUACCAAACAUCAUCAAUCAUCGCUCAGUUUACGAGCACAAGUAAGGGAGUCCUAGGGUUCUGUCUUUUUUCUUCAAACUCAUUCCAAUGGCUGAAACCCUUGGAACAACGGCUGGUUUGAAAACGGAACCGGAAUCUCCUACCGGAAUAUCCGAGUCGGGUGUGAUAAUGGGCGCUGCCAAGUGUGACAGUGUCAGAUCGGAGAUCGAUACUUCGGCGCCGUUUGAGUCGGUGAAGGAAGCGGUGAGUCGAUUCGGUGGAGUCGGUUACUGGAAACCCCACCACAACAGCAAGCUCGAUGAAGCCGAGCAUGACAUAGAAGAGGUUGGCAUUUCAAAACUAGAGGAGCAGGCAGCACAGUUGGAGAAAGAUCUGUUUGUGAAAGAAAGAGAAACAUUGGAUGUCUUGAAAGAACUGGAAGCAACUAAAACUAUUGUUGAAGAGCUGAAACUAAAGUUACAAAAAGAAGCAUCUGAAUUUAGUGUGACCCUUGAGACAGAUAUGGAUGAUAAGAACAUGACUUGUCAGGUGAGAAAUGCAGAUGAGAGCAAUCACGAGAAUCCGGUUUCAGUGGAAGGUUUGAGCUCCUGCCCUUCUUCAACUCCAGGUUUAAUCUUAAUUGAACUCAAACAAGCUAAGUUGAACCUUACCAGGACUACUAAUGAUCUUGCUGACAUUCGAACUUCUGUUGAGUCAUUCAACAAGAAACUAGAAAAGGAAAGAAUCUCACUCGAAAAAACUCGGGAGAGGUUAACUCAAAAUUCUUCAAAAAUAUCCUCUCUUGAGGAGGAGCUAAACCAAACAAGACUAAAGCUACGGUUGGCAAAAGAUUCUGAAAUUAAAGUUGGUUCUGAUGAUGCUUUGGAUAUUUCAAAGGAGCUCCAAAGAUUGUGUUACGAGGCAGAGCAAUUCAAAAAAGUGGGAGAAGCUGCAAAAUCAGAAGUUCUGAGAGCAAUGUCAGAGAUUGAACAGACAAAAGCCAAAAUAAAAACAGCUGAAAUCAGGUUGGUUGCAGCCAGAAAAAUGAAGGAAGCAGCUAGAGCGACUGAAGCUGUUGCUCUUGCAGAGAUCAAGGCUCUAUCAAACCACAAAACCUCGUCUAGAGAAUACUUGCAAAAUCCUGACGGAGUAACUCUUUCAUCUGAAGAGUACUCAUCUCUGAUCCGGAAAGCUCAAGAGGCUGAAGAACUUUCAAAAAGGAGAGUAAUAGAUGCUAUGCUUCAAGUCGAUGAAGCAAAUGUAUCAAAAAUGGAAAUCUUAAAAAGGGUAGAGGAAGCUACAGAGGAAGUCAAAACCAGUAAGAAAGCAUUGGAAGAAGCUCUGAACAGAGUGGAAGCAGCAAAUAGGGCAAAGCUCACUGUUGAAGAGGCUCUUCGCAAAUGGAGAUCUGAGAAUGGCCAGAGAAGACGUUCUGUUCAUAACUCCACCAAGUUUAAGAACUCUUGCCCAUCUCACCAUCGAAGAGAGUCCCAUCUAGUUGACGUGAAUGGGCUGAAUCUGGUUAAUGAUAGAUCAAUGCCUGUUUUGAAGCCAACCCUGUCAAUAGGACAAAUACUUAGCAGAAAGCUGCUUAUGCCAGAAGAGUUUGAAUCGGGGAUGCUGGAAGAGAGAACCUCCGGGAAGCGAAAGGUGUCACUUGGUCAGAUGCUUAGUAAACAAUAUGAUGGUGAUCUACCCUAUUCUCAGAAGGUUGAGAGGGAAAUCGGUCACAAGCAGUUCCCUGCUAAGAGAAAGAAGUUUGGGUUUGCUAGGUUCUCAAUGCUUAUGACCAAGCAAAGUAAGAAAAAGAAGAAGCCAACUCUAAACCUGAGGUAAUCCAGUGAAUCGAUCGAGACCCCCAUCAAGCACUGACUUUUAAUCUAUCUUUUUCUAACCCUCCUUUGCCUUCUCUUGUAGUUCCUGCUUCAGAACUAUGUUUACUUGGGUAUUGGGUUUCUAUGUCUGUACUUUGCUAUUCAUCUUCAUUAUGCUGGUUGUAAAGUUGUUUGUCACAUAUAGCUGGUGGAAGUCAUAUUUGAUCGAAGCCACUAGAGUCUUAUUUAUAUAUUGUGUUCCAUUUGAUGAUUA